GCCGGGGGACGUCAGGUAAGGGAAAGACUGGAGUGCAGAACCGGGCCGGGCCUGCGGAGCCGAGCACCUGCGGGAAUCUUAAAUCACUGUAUGUGUGGACGUUAGGAAAGAUAUCUUGACUUAGCUUUGGACGAAGGCAUUAUCAUUUUGGAUCCCCCUGAAACUAUGACAAAGAGCUUCACAGGUAGAAGCUUCACAGACAGGAAGACCACAGUUCUCAGCUUUCUUAAUACGGAUGGACAUUGCACGUGAGACAGGCAGGGAUGGUCGGUUAUGACCCCGAAACAAAUGGGAAGAAAAAUUCCAAGGUAAAGGUGGCCGUAGCUGGGUCCGCCUCUGGACUUGUUACUCGGGCUUUGGUCAGCCCCUUGGAUGUCAUCAAAAUUCGUUUCCAGCUUCAGGUUGAGCACCUGUCAUCCAGUGACCCACAUGCAAAAUACUAUGGGAUAAUACAAGCAGCAAGGCAGAUCCUGAAGGAGGAAGGCCUAACAGCAUUCUGGAAGGGGCAUAUUCCAGCCCAAAUUCUCUCCAUAGGCUAUGGAGCUGUCCAAUUUGUGACCUUUGAGCUCCUCACUGAACUGGUCCAUAGAACCCUGUGGCAUGACACACAUGACUUCUCAGUGCGUUUUGUGUGUGGCGGCUUCUCUGCCUGUGCGGCCACUCUCGCAGUGCAGCCUGUCGACGUUCUUCGAACUCGUUUUGCUGCUCAGGGUGAGCCUAAGAUCUACAGAAACCUCCGUCAUGGUGUGAUGAUGAUGUACAAGACUGAAGGCCCGCUGGCUUUCUACAGAGGCUUGCCACCCACUUUGAUUGCCGUCUUCCCCUACGCGGGGUUCCAGUUCUCCUUUUACAGCGCCCUGAAGCAGGUCUACGAAUGGGCCAUUCCAGUCGAAGGAAAGAAAAAUGCAAACCUCAAAAAUCUGCUGUGUGGCAGCGGAGCUGGAGUCAUCAGCAAGACUCUUACGUACCCCCUGGACCUCUUUAAGAAGAGGUUGCAGGUGGGCGGCUUUGAGAAAGCCCGGGAACCCUUUGGACAGGUUCGAAAGUACGAGGGCUUCCUGGACUGUGUCCAGAAGAUUUUCCGAGAAGAGGGCACCCAGGGCUUCUUUAAAGGCCUCACUCCCAGCUUGCUGAAGUCCGCUAUGUCCACGGGCUUUGUGUUCUUCUGGUAUGAGCUAUUCUGUCACCUCCUCAGCUGCAGGAACACCUUGGACACCAGAAGACGGGGCGAGUGAGCUGAGGCCUUGGGCUUCCAGGGACUCCAAAAAAGAAGUAAAUCCAUCUCCUUGGUGCACUGUGGGGUGCCCCUCCAUCCAUUACCUCCAAGCCAUUAACUCUGAACACCUGACAGGAUGGCAACUCUGUCUCUACUCAGUCUGUAUGUUGCCAACAAGGGAACUACUUUUGGGUUUCUAGGGAAUGCCUGGGGGUUGGCACUUGUGAUUUGGCUUUUACUUUCUCCCAUUAGACCAAGGGGUAGAAAGAGGGCCCGACUUCCUUGUUUUACCUUUAUUUACUAGACACUUGAAAAGAAGACAAGAUGCUAUAUCUGCACCCUCCCCAGACUGCACUUGGAGCAGUUUUAUGGCUUGUGUCUGACACUGGAGGUGGUCCCUGUCCUGUUUUAGUCAUCAGACCUUGGAGUCAAAAUUAUAUUCCUUGGUUCAGUCUUCUCUCCUCCCUGCCCACAUACCUAGUUGCUUUUCUCAUAUCUCCCAAGCCUUCACAAUUUCUGUAGUUUAUUUGUUCUCCCUCUAUGGCCAGGAGGAAAAAAUUACUAUGUCUUCGGCCAUUCUAAAGUUAGCCUGAAGGUAUGGGGGUAAGGGCAGUCCCCACCUUCUCCAAACUCCAUAUUCUGAACAACUUUUACCUUCCUCCCCUGCAGCGCUCAUUUCCCCAGAGGAGCUUUGUUUUUCGUAUUUUAAGAAGAGUUAGUGCCAAAUUGAGUGACUUCCCAUGUCCCCAGCUGCCCAGACCUUGAUGUCUAGGCAGAGACACGAUUUGAAUGUUCUCACUGCAUGGACCAGACUGUUCACUGAAAGCCUUCUCUUAUGGGUGCUGGGCUGUGGGAACAAGCUUUCUAUGGGGAGCAAAAGAUGACAGGUACUUGAACAAAGUGGUGGUGAGCAGAUGGAUGUGGAAGGGGAGGGGAGGAGUCACGAACCUCCCAGGAUUUUAUUUUCCCCUUCUCACUGGAUAUACUAAACACUCAUUCCCUAAAAUAACACUUCCAAGGAAAUUUGGGUGAGGAGAGGCUGCUGCUCCUCAGUGGUGUUCAGAUUUGGCUCCGAACAUGCCAUGGUGAUGACUAUUCGUGAGCCCAUGCCUGCAGUGUGAUCCACAUGGGCCCUGUUGUUAAGCUUAGAAAGGAUGACUUCUCAUGAGGUGAUCUGGUAAGGGUGUGGUUCACAGUUCUGCCCUGGUAAGGAUAGGGGAACUCACAAUUGACACUUAUUUACAAUCACGGAAACAUCAGUUGGGUGUGCGGGAGGCGGGAAGAGCUAAGGCAGCCCACAGGAGCCAGACUCUUCCCCUUCGCCCAUGUACAUGCUCAUCAGGUGUUCUAGGGCCUAAGAUCCAGAACCUGGCUGAGCAGUGAGAAAAUCCCACCCAAAUGAGGACUAUUUUGGUUUUUUUUUCCCUCAAUACUGGGGUUUUAAAUUAGAGGGAGCCAGAAAGGUUGCCUUGAUCUGCAGAUCCUGGGAAAGGGGUCUUAGUUGUCCCUGGUGCUGCCUCUGAGGUACCAAUUCUUCCCAGCUGCAGAAUAUGCACUGACCUUAAUACCCUCAAACCUUGGGGGACAACAGUUCACAGAGUGGUCUUUAAUAACCAAUUUAUAAUUUCUGUUUUAUGAAAUCUAUGUCUCAGGCUUGUGACAGCAACACACUCAGCAGUGUUGAAGGGUGGGAAACUUUACUUUCCAGAAAACCUUUUCCUGUACCUUGGAUGCUGUUAUGUGAGUGAACAGAAGCUGAUGUAGAAAGCCUUCAUAUCAUGGCACGCAAGGCUUUGCCUCUUUGGGGCUGCUGGGAAGGCAGCUCCCUGAAUGUAUUUUAUAUACUUCCAAAAAGUCAAGGCAUCUGUGCUCAAACGCAGUAAAAUUCUAUUCUCACCAA